AGUGACAUCAGACGAUCGUUAUUUGUCGUCUUGUGUUGUUCUGGUGAGUGAAUAAUUUUUUGAGAGUCAUGAAGAGGUCAAUUACUCCGGUAUUAAUUACGUCAGGCGAAUUUUGGAUUUGAAAAGGAAAUUCAUGGCCUCUGGAGAUGGAAAAUUGAUGGAUACAUUUUCCAGAAGUCCAGGGAACAUCGGCGCCACUGCUGGAAGUGUCGCCGAUGGAUCUGUGAUAAAAUCAGAAAAAAUGGGGGACGAUUCUCUCUUGAAGGCCGACAACGGUGAUUUAGCCUCCGAUGAAGUCGUAGAAAAACGAAAUUCAAUUAUAUCAAUUCCAUCGUCAGACUCUUCGUUUAUCUCUCCAAAGAAGGAACCUGGACUCACCACACCGAUUUACGUGAAUGAUUCUCUGGAAGAUGGACUCGAAAGAAUCCAGGACUCGAAGCUGGACAGUGAAAAGGAGAAUUGCACUCCUCCAAUGGCAAAAGAGGCUUGCAACGAAGAGGCUUUCCAGGAGGUUCCUGAGGACGUGGAGGUAUCAAGAUCUGUGAAAUCCACCCCAAUGAAGGCGUCACUGAAGCUCAAGCCUCAGUCCCUCAAGGUGAACGGUACAAAUCCCGGAAAAUCAUCUCCAAGAAAAAAAAUGCCAUUUAAACGAGUGCGCCCCAGGUUCCUGGAGGACUCCUCCUCCGAGGAGGACACAUCGAGGACGAUCUCCCUGAAGAAGUCACCCGAGAGUCUCCCCAGGCAGUCGACUUUACCGAAACCCUUGAACCAAUCGUCCAGUCCAGGUCGAUGGGAAGGUCCGGAUCCUAAACUGAGAUUAUCACCUUUAGGUUUGGAUCAGAAAAUCACCCCGUGGAUGAUGUCCAUUAAAAAAAAUCCAGCGAUGACCUCGACCCCUUCAGACCCCUCCCACCUUCAGGAUCAACGAAACAGCCUCCAGUCCCUGGAGCUGGAGGUGUUGGAUAAAUUUUACACAGCGAUGGAGAAGAUCCCCACGCAGGUGCUGGAAAAAUUCCCCCAGUUUGAUGGAAAAGUUUUUAGCGAAUUGAGAAUUCUCAGACAACAUAUAAAAGCGAAAUGCCGACGUGUGGAGAAGCAGUUGGAGUCCGUGGGCACGAGCUCCAGGUUGAGGAAUUCUCUAAACGACAGCAAUCAGGACCUGGAGAAUUCUUCAAGGACUGACGAAAAAAUAGUGCUGGAGGAUUCUAUCACUGACGAUGAAUUCGAGCCCCCGAAGGGAGAGUCGAGGCUAGGGAAUUUUAAAAUGAGAAUAACGAGAAAAAAUCCUCCACUGGGAGAUCCUGGAAAUUCCGGCGAGUUCCCCAGCGAUGAUGACCUGUCCUCAUACGUUCCAGUGACUUCCGAGAGGUCCUGCAAAAUGGAGGGGCCAAGAGUCAAUGCUUUUGUAGUCAGGGAAACGACAAAACCAUCUCCACUGCCUCCCCUGUCCCCUAGAUUUGAACCUGAGGGGUUGCACUCGGAUAUCAGCCCUCCAGAUAGUAUGUCCAGGAAGCCAGAGGUGAAUUCACUCUCCCCUGCACCGAUAAAAAAAGGAGCUUUCCAGCUGAAGCGUCCAGUGAAGGCCCAGAUGACGCUCCAGACGAAGCAGCAGCUGGAGGCCCUCUGGGAGAAGGGAAAACCCCUGAAGAGUUCCGGAUCUCCACAGCAGAGGUCAUCUCCAGGGACAAAAUCCAGUCCCAAAAAUAUUUUUCCAGUAGAAAAAUCCAGUCCCAAAAAGCUCUCACCAGUUGAUAAAUGCAUUCCGAAAAAUCCUUCUCCAGUGAAAAAACCAACGAUCGACAUCGACGAGGAAAUCCGAGCCUACGAGAUGAUGAAAAACAUGUCUCUGGAUCUCGCUGACAUCAGCACUGGUUUUCACUACCCAGGGAAUUCCCCUGAGUCUAAUGUCACGUCCAAACGAGAAACGGGAUUACCCUCUGAAGUGGAGAAAUUUCCCUCGGCGUCAUUUAACUACGAGAAGUCCCGGAAGGCCUCUCAAGUGUCUGCAGCCUCGUCUUCAAAGUCCGACACGAGUAAAAAAUCAGCAAAAGAUAUUUUUGAAAUGGGCGAUUUCCUGGGACAGGUGCACAAUGAUGGCGUGACUGGAGACUUCGAUGGACUGUCGUACUCUCAUUCCUCGGAGAUGCUGAAAAUAUUCAGGAGGACAUUCGGACUCUUUGACUUCAGGCCGAAUCAGCUACAAGCAAUUAACGCCACAAUGCUGAAGCAUGACUGUUUCAUACUCAUGCCAACUGGUGGGGGGAAGUCCCUUUGUUAUCAACUUCCUGCUUUACUCACUAGAGGCAUCACAAUCGUGAUUUCCCCUCUGAAGAGUCUUAUUAACGAUCAGGUGCAGAAGCUCAUUUCCCUGGAUGUUCCAGCUGCUCACAUGCUGGGAGGAGCCAGCGAGAAGCACAUGAAUGGCGUCUACAGGGAACUUGCGAAGGAGAAUCCUACUCUUAAACUUUUGUACGUAACUCCUGAGAAGAUCGCAGCCUCGGAGAAGUUCACGUCGAUCCUCACUAGGCUAUAUGAGAUGGGACUGCUCUCCAGAUUUGUCAUCGACGAGGCGCACUGCGUCAGCCAGUGGGGCCACGACUUCAGACCGGAUUACAAAAAGCUGAAGGUCCUGAGGACAAGAUAUCCUGCAGUCCCGAUGAUGGCUCUGACAGCUACAGCGACUCCUCGAGUUCGUAAUGACAUUCUUCAUCAACUGGGAAUGACCAAACCCAAGUGGUUUUUAUCCAGUUUCAAUCGGCCCAAUCUCAAGUACAUGAUCACCGAGAAAAAAGGCAAAGAGGGCAUCCCCAAGAUCAUAGCCCUGAUCAAAGAGAAAUACAAGAACGAGUGCGGAAUAGUUUACUGUCUCUCGAAAAAAGAGUGUGACGACUACGCAGAGCAGAUGAGGAUGAAUGGUAUCAAGGCCAUGAGCUAUCACGCUGGUCUGGGAGACAACAAGAGAUCUGAAGUCCAGGGGAAGUGGAUCGCCGAGGAAAUAAAAGUCGUGUGCGCCACAAUCGCCUUCGGCAUGGGCAUCGACAAGCCAAACGUUCGAUUCGUCAUUCACGCAGUUAUUCCAAAAUCCAUCGAGGGUUAUUAUCAGGAAAGUGGACGUGCUGGGCGUGACCUGGAAAAUUCAGACUGCAUCCUAUUUUACAGUUACGCAGAUGUCCACAGGAUUCGCAAGAUUAUGCAGCUGGACAGGCCUCCAGCCGAUGUUUAUGAGACUCACAUGGAGAAUCUUUACAAAAUGGUGGCGUUCUGUGAGAAUAAGACGGACUGUCGGAGAUCUCUGCAGCUGAAUUAUUUCGGGGAAAGGUUCAAUCGAGAAAAGUGCGGGGCAGUCAAGGGCGCUAUCUGUGAUAACUGCAGAAAUACGGAUACGUUCACGGAGAUCGAUGUCACUGCGGAUGUGAAGGCUAUUAUCACGGCGGUUCGAGAUAUCUCCACAGGCAGGGGUUCUAAUAUCACGGCUAUUCAGCUGGGGGAUGUGUUCAAGGGUGCUGAUCUCAAAAAGAUUAGAGACAGUGGGACUAAUAAAUUGGCUAUCUAUGGAAGGGGCAAGUCGUGGAACAAGAGCGAUGUCGAGAGAUUAAUCCGUAAACUGAUCAUCGAUGGUUUAUUAGAAGAGGAGAUGGUUAUAAAAAAUGAUAUGACUGCAGCUUACCUGAGGAUUACAAAACACUCGGGUGAAUUCAUGCGUUCCAACUCGAAGAUCAUGUUCCCCAUAAGGCAGUGCACAAAGUCCCAGUUGACAGUAACUGUUAGUGCGUCGAGCAAACCCACGAAUAUGGACCUGAAGAAUCUUCAGGACGAGUGUUUCGCUGCUCUGAUGAAGGACAUCAAGGGAUACGCCGGGGCGAUUGAGGUGUCAGCUGUUUCUGUGAUGAAUCCAAUUGCUGUAAGAGCAAUGAGUCAACAGAUGCCGACGACGAAGGAGGCGAUGCUGCAGAUUCCCCACGUGACAGAAUCGAAUUUUGAAAAAAUCGGUAAAGCAUUGCUGCACAUACUGCAGGAAUUCGCGGAGAAGAAGGCGACGCUGCAGGAGCUGGAGGCUAUAGCUGAAGAGGAGAUCGAUGACGAGAGUGACUUUGAGGACGGAUGGUCAGCUGCAUCGACGGCUACGACUGGAGGACGAAAGAGAAAGAGCGUCGGGAGCAGGGGAAAUUCAGCGAAGAGGUACAAACGAAACGGCUCUGGCUCUUCGCGGGGAAGAUAUUCUGCGAGGAGGGGCGCCAAAACUGCCAGGGGGAGGGGUCAGGCGAGAGGACCUGGACUCGUUGAUUUUACACAAAAUAAACAGUACCUUGCGGAUCCACUGAGGUACGGGUCCAUCUGAAUCAGAUGAUCUCGUUUUCAAUUUUUUUUUCUAGUUUCCUUCGUUGGGAGUUGGAGUCGAUAAUUUUUCGAACGCCGAUUGGCCUCGGAGUGUAUUAUAUAGAUUAAUGUGUUCGAUCGUAUCUUCAGACUGUUUUAUAUUUUUCUAUGGAUUAAAUACAUUAUGAGACGUGCUAUGACUGAUUUAUUCACAGA